UAUUUGACAGUUGAAAUGUUUAUUAUUGAAGGCUUUGUUGUGUUGUUUUUAAAAAGGGAGAAUCGAGGUGAUUGUUGAUAUGGACGGAGAAAACUUGAAUUCAUGCCUCACGAGAGAGGAAAACAAUAAUUUAUUAACUCAGUUUUUACAUUCCUGCGUCAGUGAAGUUUGUGGCUCCUCAGGACCCGAAUAUUCCCAUUUCUCUAAGAUGGGUUGGACUGAAGAUGAAUACAGUUAUACCCAUAAAAUACUCUUAACAUUGUUCAAUAAACCAGCUGUUCUGCACCUCGAUGAUGCCAAAAUGCCUCAGCAGUUCUUCCACAUGCCUGAGAACGUCCAGACUAUCAUCCUAAGCUGUCUAAAAAUCCGAAGAGAUCAGUUAGCGAAGGCUCUAGCAUUCAAUCAUUCUCAGAAACAGACUGCCACGAUGAUGGACUUCGACUGGAGACUAAAAAUGGUGAUGGGAUCGAGCAAAGUGUCUUCGUUGAAGGAACCGCUCCUCCAGCUGGAUCUCAGAGUGAAAGAAAAAGGCGAGGAAGAAAUUUUGGGAAUCGAAAUGAAUCGAGAGGAGCUGGAUUCCUUCAUAAAAACUCUCGAAGCUGCUAGUGUAUCGUUGAACUGAUAUCGUUUCUACUACAUAAUUAAUGAAUAUCUAUUGUUAUGAGCAGAUAUUCUGAAAUUGUUUAUUGAAAAUUAUGAAUAAUUGAGAUGUGGCCAAUUUAUUUAAAUUAAAUUAAAUUGAUUUGCCUAAAAUAAAUGUUUUUUUGAACAUGAACACAUGUUCCAUUGAUUCAAAUGAGGCCUUUAUGAGUUAGAAAUUAAAUUUUUAUUGAAACGAAUCUGUGUUUGCUAAUUUUCAACAAAAAUAUUGUUGAAUUCUUAUAUAAACAGGAGAUAUCACAGGUUUAUUCCUAAAUGUCUGAAAGAGAAAUCGCAUACAUAAUGAUGAUACUGAUGUUGUUGAUAAUGAUAUUGAUCACUGAUGGUGAUGUUGGUGUUAGUGACUUCCAACGGUGUAUGUAUUAAUUCUCAAUUGUAGUUUUCAUGGAUUUCGACGAAUUUCUUCUUGGUAAUACUAUAGAAAUUCGAAUCCGUGAGAGAACAUACUGAUUCUAAUCAAUUUAAAUAUUAACGUGAUGAGUGAUAUAAAAUCUACCAAACUGUCAGGCGCGCAGAGCGCGCUUUCCAUUUCGUGAAUAGAAAAAGUAAAAAUAAAAAGUUUUAUUCUAUUUAUUGCAACUGCAAAUAUUUAAUAAGAAUUAAUUCAUUUCUCAAUGUUUAUAUUUCAAUGAUGGGAAAGGUUAUUUUUUAUAAAAAAUUUUCUCAAAAAUGUCUUCCGAAUUGUCGGGUGGACCUAAGUUUUGUAAAUAUUAACAAAACAAUUUUCAAUAUUGCAAUUCAUUUUUACCAGUUAAUUCACAUGAUAUUUCGCAAAUAUCUCCGACAAUAUGGGAUUUAUCGAAGAAUCCAAAGAAAUCAUUGAAACCUACACAAUUUCCUUCCUCUCCAAGAAUUACCACGA